GCCGGGGAUGUGACUGAAAGGAUUGAACGCCAUUUGAAAUCAAGGAUGUUCUGUGGUGCCCCAUCAGUGAAAUGGGGCUCGUUCCCAUGCAGAUGCUGGUUCUCCGCAUUGGAUUCUUGUCCUUUAGUGGCGACGCUUGCCCAAGAGAUGCGACGUUCGGAUUAGGGGAGGAAAGCCAACCAGAACCUAUGGAUCGCAGCUAUCUUGAGACUCAGGGUGAUCUCUCCGAUGGCAGAUGUGGGAUAUGCCGAGGUCUGGUGAAAUCGAACCCUUAUCGAUGAACUUUCAGCUUCCUUUCACGCUCGUCCCAG